UUGAUUGAUGACCUUGUGAUUGGUGACUAUGGUGGUGAGUGCAGUGAAAUUGCCGAUGUACAGGGAGCCGUUUGCCGCUGUAACCAAGGUGGUCGCACCAUCUAUAUGAAGUCUUUUGGUGAAGAUUACCGUGCCGAUCAUAUUAAUGAAGGAACACUAUCAUAUGAUCCUUGGGUGUGUUAUAGCACGGAUAUCAUCUUAUAUGCUCCAUUAAAUGGUCUCACUUUUUUGUUGACUGACAGUCAGCUUGCAAUGGAAGCUGGAAAAGCCACAAUAUUGGGAGCUGGUGCUGCAUUGCGUGAUAAUGAUGACCAUACCUCAAAGCAUGGUUUUAACAUCAAGACAGCUCUGUCAACUACGAAUGGUGCACUUAAUGAAUUCAUUUCUUUUAUGAGGAGGGAAUCUCUUCAUGCUGUUGCUGGCACUGUCACGGAGGCGAUGUUGGAUGUCCCGAAUGUGACCUUCAUUGACCCAUUGUUUUUACAGCCGCGGCUGAACAAGUUCAGGAAGCACGUGAUCCACCUGUCACCCACGGUGGAGCAGGAGCUGUUCGUGCUUGCGCAGUACCUCGGGAACACGAGUGAUGCCUCUGCUGCCGCUGUGAUCCGCUGCGAUGAGGCGGCUGCG